AUGGCGGGGCCCUUCCAAGUCGUCGUUGCCCGCCUGACCCCGGACACGCCAGUUUGUGGCGUGCCCCUUGAGCCCUAUGUCCUGGCCAGGCGGGCCGACACCUCGACGGUCACUGGAGGUGACCUCCCCGCCGAGGGUGCCACCGACGCCCGGUUCAGUAUCAAGUACCGGUGGUAUCGCUCUGUGGUGACCAAGAGUGGGCAGGUGUGCUGGGCGCACAGCGACCGCGAGGCCACGGUGCAGUGCAUCCUGUGCCUGCGCUCACGUGUGGACAUCCGCAAGUCGUACCACUGCUCCCCCGAGUGCAUGCGCGAGCACUGGCACUUCCACCGCGAGUUCCACCGCGGCGGGCGCGGCGAGAACGGCGCGGGCGGCGGCGAGCCCGCGCGCGCGCCCACGCCCGCGCCGCACGGCGGCGAGGCCUGGCUGGAGGUGGGCUGCUCGCCCAUCUACACCCCCUGCUUCGAGGACGUGGGCAGCUUCCUGAAGCUGGAGUGCGUGGCGCACGACGCCGCCGCGCCCUACCACGACCUGGGCAAGGUGGUCACCACGCUGACGCCGCGCGUGCGCCCCGAACCGACGCCGCCGCGGCGCGGCAUGGUGCCCAUGCCGCCAUCGCGCCCUGUGCUGCGUCGCGGCGGCUUCACCCUGCUCACCUACAACCUGCUGGCGGAGCUGUACGCCGCACCCGAGGCCUUCCCCCAUUGCCCCGCCUGGGCGCUGGCCUGGCCCUACCGCGCACCCAACCUCCUGCGCGAGCUGCUGGCCCACGACGCCGACGUGCUGUGCCUGCAGGAGGUGCAGUCCGACGCCUUUGCCGGCUUCUGGCAGCCCGAGCUGGCGCGCGCGGGGUACGCGGCCAUCUUCAAGAAGAAGACGGCGGAGAUGUUCUCCAAGAACUCGUACGUCACCGACGGCUGCGCCACCUUCUUCAAGAAGGACCGCUUCGCGCUGGUGAAGAAGUACGAGGUGGAGUUCAACAAGGCCGCCCUCUCCCUUGCCGACUCCUUCCCCCCGGAGCAGAAGAAGCUGGCGCUGAGCCGGCUGCUCAAGGACAACGUGGCCCUCAUCGCCGUGCUGGAGGCCCUGGACCUGGUCUGCGUGGCCAACACCCACAUCCACAGCAACCCGGAGCUGUCGGAUGUGAAGCUGUGGCAGGUGCACACGCUGCUCAAGGGGCUGGAGAAGAUCGCGGCCUCCGCCGACAUUCCCAUGCUGCUGGCGGGGGACUUCAACACGCUGCCGGGGUCCGCUGCGCACGCCCUCCUCGUGUCGGGCGGGGUGCCCCACCACCACCCGGAGCUGAGCAACGACCCCCUGGGCAUCCUGCGCCCGGCCGCCAAGCUGCAGCACGGGCUGCCGCUGGCCAGCGCUUACGCGGCGCUGGCGGUCCCAGGCGAGGCCGACUCGGCGGGGCUGGUGCGCCAGCGCCGGCGCCUGGACCUGGCCACCGCCGAGCCGCGGUGGACAAACCUGACGGGGAACUUCAAGGGCACGCUGGACUACAUCCUCUACACCUCCGACUCGCUGGUGCCCGUGGCCACGCUGGAGCUGAUGGAGGAGAGCGAGGUGAGGGGUGGGGGGGCCGACGGGGGCCUGCCCUCCGAGUUCCUCUCCUCCGACCACCUGGCGCUGGCGGUGACCUUCCAGUACGCGGCGGUGGAGGGCGCCAAGUGA